AUGCAUGAUCUACUGAAGUUACGACACGAAGAACGAGAGAUUCUCAUAUCUCAGACCAACGAAAGGGACAAUGCACUGCAUGAUAUCAAAGGCUUUCUCUCUAGAAGAACUGGACUAGAAGACACUAUUACCACUAUCCAUGGAAAUGCGGAGAGCCGACGUUCUAGGCAACUAGAAGAAGAGGCUCGGAGCCUUGAGACUGACAUUCAUGAACUCGAGACUAGGCUGUAUGAGAUGAAAGCUAAACACCGACAGCUUGUGAACGAGAUAUCAGACAUCAACAACUCGGUUGAUGCCAAGCUUUCUUCUUAUACUGAAUCUUUGUCUUUACUUGACUCCGACGUCCGAAACUUCCUCCGUGACCCUCCUAUCCAACCGUUAUCGCACAGCUCAGGCGAAUCUACCUUUUACUCUUUGAACCCCAAACGCCGUACACUUGACAUGGCCCGGGAGCAUUGGAACACGGAACAAGUCGGUUUGCACGAUAGGCAACAGAAAGUGGAAGCGGAAAUACUGGCACUGGAAGAAGGAGGCCGAAUAUGGAAACAAGCGGUAACUGAUGUCACUGGCUUUGAGAAGCGCUUACAAGCCAACAUGCGACAUUAUGUUGAGAUGACCACGUCAUCAACCAAGCCAGGAGGAUCCAUACCGCGAAAUUGCAAAGACGGACUCGUGGGGAGUCUUCUGAAUGAUUUGGAGAGAACAACUCAGCGCAUCGAAUCACAUCUGGAGCUCGCCGAGGAUAAGGACUGGAAGCUACUAGUUUGCUGCAUUGCUGCCGAGCUAGAGGCCUUGCGAGAAGCGAGGGGGUUGCUUCUUCCCGCCUUUGGCCUCUCGCUGCAUGAAAUGGAUGCACUCUUGAACUCUACUUCCAGAGAUUCUCCUGUGAUAGAUCACGGCAUGGAGGAGGCCAAAGAGGACUGCCAAGCUUGUCAGAUGGAAAAUGACGACCCAGAACCUCCAGCCGAUCUACUUAAGGAUUCAAAUCCCAAUAACUCAGACGCCAGGUCGGAAGAAGAUGAUGAACCAGAUCCGUCAUGGCUGAUUUGA